UAAGCCUAUUUAAAAACAUUGGUUACGCAGCAUGAAUCUAAAACCAUUAUAAACAGCAGAUCCAAGAGUCUUAUUAUUUAGAAGUUUGAGCAAAGUCGUUUAUCAAGAGGAACAAGAGACUUUCACCAAUGUCUAAGCCAAGGUUGGAAGGCAAGGUUGCACUGAUUACUGGUGCAGCUAGCGGGAUCGGCGAGGAGGCAGUGAAGCUAUUUGUUGACAAUGGAGGUUUUGUUGUUGCUGCAGAUGUCCAGGAUGAUUUAGGGCAUCAAGUAGUAGCAUCGAUAGGGGCUGAUAGAGCUACUUACCGCCACUGCGAUGUAAGAGAUGAGAAGCAAGUUGAGGAAACAGUGAAAUACAUCAUGGAGAAAUAUGGGAAGCUUGAUGUUUUAUUCAGCAACGCUGGCAUCAUUGGCCCAUUAACAGGGAUCCUAGAACUUGACAUUGAAGGUUUUGACAACACCAUGGCUACAAAUGUACGGGGCGCUGCAGCAACAAUUAAGCACGCAGCCCGUGCCAUGGUGUCUAAAAACAUUCGGGGAUCUAUUAUAUGCACGACUAGCGUUGCGUCCUCACUUGCUGGAACAGGACCCCAUGCUUAUACCACAUCGAAGCACGCCCUGGUUGGUCUAGUCAGGGCGGCUUGCAGUGAGCUAGGGGCUUAUGGGAUUAGAGUCAAUUGCGUUUCUCCUUACGGGGUUGCGACCCCACUUUCUUGUCGAGCUUAUAAUUUGCAACCUAGUGAAGUUGAAGCUAAUAGCUGUGCCUUGGCCAACUUGAAGGGUAUUGUAUUGAAGGCUAGGCAUAUAGCCGAAGCUGCUUUGUUUCUCGCUUCCGAUGAAUCAGCUUACAUAAGUGGACACAACUUGGCCGUUGACGGAGGAUUCACGGUUGUUAAUCACAGUUUUUCAGCCAUCUGAAAAUGUGGGAUAGCCUGUCACUUCUUCUUUGUCCCC